AUGGGCUCGUUCAUUCCGUUUCCACUCGCACUCGGAGGACCUCGCAACUACAAGGACAACUACAUCUUCUUCUGGAACAACGUAGGUCUGGACCUGAACCGAAUCACCCAUACCAAUUCUGGUCAUCAAAGUGGCCCACCACUGUCAGCCAGAUAUUUGGGCAUCCUCCACCUCGCCAUUCACGAUGCCUAUCUUGCGACAUUUCCUUACAGCGAACAGAGCGAUGCAAUGGAACAAUUUGCCGACGACUUCAGGCCGUUCCUCUCCGCCUCAGCCUUCGGCACUCUGUUCAAAGCGCCGGCCAAGAGAGAUCCCGGAGUCUCUCAGUCCACUGCGACUCUGGUGAGCGACUUCAUUGAUGCGUCGAGCCUAGCCUACCAGCAGGCCCAUGGCCUCAGCCCGCGCUCCUCAGCUUAUGCAUUUGGCGCAGCCAUUGCGAAUUUGAUACUCGACCAGCUCGAAAUCAAGGGCAGCGAGCCCGGCGUUGACGCUGGCGGUUAUAUGCCAAACUCCAAUCAGCCUUACUUCUUUGACGACGAUCCAAGCCAUCCUAUUUGUGUACGCCCAAUCGAUCCAAAUGCUCCGGAACGCGGCAACAAGAUCGUUCGUCCGUAUCACGCUCCGUCUUAUGGCACUUCGGCGGCAGUCUCCGCAACAACAGAAGAUAUCAAGAUUACUGAUCCACCACUGGUCCCUUCCAACCCGCCAAGUCUGGAGACUGACCCCACUGCCGAGCAUUUGAAGUACCUGGAGGCACUCGAAGAUGUCCGACGCAUGGGUGGCGCGGAAGACCUGGCCUCGACCAAGCGACAGCCAGCACAAACGGUCGGCGCCGUUUUCUGGGCUUAUGAUGGUGUGAAUUUGAUCGGCACGCCUCCUCGCCUGUACAACCAGGUCGUCAAGCAGAUUGCCUUUGACGCAAAGGUGGGAGAUGACAUCAGUUCGGAUGAAAACAAUGCCCAGUUUGUUCGCCUUCUGGCUCUGGUAAACGUGGCCAUGGCCGAUGUGGGAGUCUUCUUUUGGCGUGAUAAGUACAAAUAUGAGCUGUGGCGCCCGCUCACAGGUGUUCAUGCAGACCCUAGUGGGCCAGUUCCGGGUGGCUCCAGUCGACCUACUUGGAGGGUCCUUGGUGCUCCGGCGACCAAUAGUAACGAGGGCGGAUUCAAGCCUCCGUUCCCGGCACAUUCAUCUGGGAAUGCAACCUUCGGCGCCGCCGCCUUCCAGAUGGCCCGACUGUUCUACGAUCAGCGUGAUGUUGUCAACGAUACCAUUUCAUACAAAUUCAUAUCCGACGAGCUCAACGGCGUCUCACGGAAUCUCUACUCAGCGUACGAUCCAAAACUGCCGCUCGAGAGCCAGGCAGGUGAUGUCCGCACUCGUGUGCCCAUCACAUACAACUCACUCAAAGAGGCGAUCUCUGCCAAUGAAAUGUCCCGUGUCUGGCUCGGUGUGCACUGGCACUUUGAUGGAUUUGCUGGCGAGACAGUUGAUCGUAAGCAGUUGUUCAAGGUAGCGGAAGACGACAGCACGGUCUAUCAACAUGUAGGCGGUAUAGAUUGGUUCGCGGCCGGAAAUUUGGGUCCGCGGGAUGGAGCCGGAGAAUAUCCUGUUGGCGGUGUUCCGCUUGGUAUGCUGAUUGCGGACAACAUCUUCGAUAACAAGAUGCAGUCGAGCGGUCCUUUGUCUGAUCUUGGAAAGAAUGUUGAACUGAGGAGGAAUUGA